AUGGAGCAACAGGCAAAUGGUGCUUCUUCGUUUGCCAGUGCUGUGAGUCUUGACCAGCUUGGAAUGUCUUCUAUACCUCAACGUUAUGUUCUUCCACCAUCACAACGACCUAGCCCUCAUAUUCCAAUCUCCACCACUCUUCCCAUUAUAGACUUGUCUAGUUUGCGCGAUCAAUCUCUUGUAUCUAGAUCAACCAUCAAUGAAAUCCGAAUUGCCUGCAAGGAGAUUGGUUGCUUUCAGGUAUAUAUAGCACCAGCUAAAUUUGAAUAUGCACCAAACGUUAUUAACCAUGGGAUUGAUCAAUCAGUAAUGGAUGAAGCCCUAGAAGUCGCAACAGAGUUCUUCAACCUUCCUAAUGAUGAAAAGAUGAGUUUAUUUUCUGAGGAUGUUCACAAACCUGUAAGGUAUGGAACAAGCCUAAAUCAAGCUAGGGAUGAAGUUUACUGCUGGAGAGAUUUCAUCAAACACUACUCUCAUCCAAUAUCAGAUUGGAUUCACAUGUGGCCUUCAAAUCCGUCAAAUUACAGGGAGAAUAUGGGAAAGUACGUAAAAGCUGUACAAACUCUACAAAAUCAACUGCUGGAAAUAAUUUUCGAAAGCCUGGGGUUAAACAGCAAUUACUUACAUGAAGAAAUCAAUGGAGGCUCGCAAACACUUGCAGUGAACUGCUACCCUGCAUGUCCAGAACCUGAUCUCACCUUAGGUAUCCACCCUCAUUCUGAUUACGGGUCCAUAACUAUGCUGCUCCAAACCCGUUCAGGCCUAGAAAUCAAGGACAAAAACAACAACUGGAUGCCUGUGCCUUUUGUUGAAGGAGCACUUGUGGUGCAGUUGGGUGACCAAAUGGAAGUUAUGAGCAAUGGACAAUACAAGAGUGUCAUUCAUCGAGCAACGGUUAAUGGCGAUGAGAAGAGGUUUUCCAUUGUGAGUCUUCACAGUUUUGCAAUGGACAGAAAGAUGGGUCCUGCAGUGGAACUUGUUGAUGAGCAGCACCCUAAGUCCUACAAAGAGUUCUGCUUCAGGGAAUUUCUGGACUUCAUAUCCUGCAAUGAUAUCACAAAGGGUAGGUUUCUUGACACUUUAAAGAUGAGCAAACCUUAG